UCAGCUGACUCAGUGUUUAUUAAAGCCAGGGAGCACAACGUUGUAGGAAUUUGACAGGAAUCCAUGAACUAGAGGGACAUUCUGCCCGGUUUAUUCUGCUUCAACAGCUUAUUGCUGUUUGCUUAACUGUACCACAGUCUCUCGCUUGUUUAGGGUGGGACUGCUAUCUAGUGGUUAUUUGUGACUUCCUCUCUGAAAACACAAGUCAUUCAUGCGUCACGACAAUGAGAAACGUGUAAACGCUCUUUAGGAGCUAGUGACAACUUCACUGCUGGAUUUAAUAUCUCUGGACGACAGAUCUGGUGUUUCAUGAGAGGAUCGCUGAGAAUUUUCCUUCCUCACUUCUGUACAUGUAGCUGCACAUUUAGGCGUUCAGGAUGAACAGUAUGUAUUUGAUUACAUUAGUUGUUUUGCUCCUGUUCUCUCUCGGGUCGUCUUAUCCUCUUCAUGAUGAAGGACCCAUGGCUGACAGAAUGGUUGUAAACACAUUGGAUCGAUUUAAAGUCCACUUUAGCUGGCACAACCUUAGCUGUCCGGUGUGUAAGGUUGUUUUCACCGUGGUGGACAUUGCCCUAUUGAGUGACACGAACAUUGAACAUGUGGCUCGUGCAGUAGGAGAAGCCUGUAUUCGUUUGCACCUAGCAGAUAAAAAUGUGUGCCGGAAUAUUACAGAGCUGUUCAGUAGCGACUUCAUACGUGCCCUCCAGGAGUCUCUUCUUUUGCCCUCAGAGGCCUGUGCCUUACUCUUGGGAACCUCAUGUGGCCAUUUUGACAUUUAUGCCCCCUGGAACAUCACCCUGCCUCGUGUUCCCAAACCUCCAGUGGUCCCUCCCUCACCACCCAAACCUGGCUCACCACAAAGCAGGGUGCUUUUCCUCACUGAUAUCCACUGGGAUGCGGAGUACUCGGUGGGAAGUGCAGCUGAUUGCAAACAGCCUUUGUGCUGCAGGAAUGAGUCUGGUAGAGCCAAUUGGAGGCACCGUGCUGCAGGUCACUGGGGUACCUAUAGUAAGUGUGACAUCCCAUUGCAUACAGUAGAAAACCUACUGCAGAAUGUAGCCAAGGCAGGACCCUGGGAUUGGGUCUACUGGACUGGGGACAUCCCUGCACACAAUGUAUGGUCCCAAACGAGGGCACAGCAGCUGAAAGAGCUGUCCACCAUCUCCAAGCUGAUCAGGAAGCACCUUGGACCUGACAUUACUGUUUACCCAGCUGUGGGCAACCACGAGAGCACACCAGUCAACAGCUUUCCUCCUCCAUUUGUGGGUGGGAAUCACUCGUCCCGAUGGCUGUAUGAUACCAUGGCAGAAGAAUGGGCUCCCUGGUUGCCUGCUCAAGCUUUGCAGACUUUACGCCGAGGAGGUUUCUACACGGCCCAAGUGCAGCCAGGUCUGCGGGUGGUGUCCCUGAAUAUGAACUUCUGUGCGAGGGAGAACUACUGGCUGUUGGUGAAUUCCACAGACCCAGCGGACCAGCUCCAGUGGCUUGUGCACAUCUUGCAGGAGGCUGAAAAUAAGGGAGAAAAGGUACACAUUAUUGGCCACAUCCCACCUGGACUUUGUCUGAGCAGCUGGAGCUGGAAUUACUAUCACAUUGUGAACAGGUAUGAGAGCACUAUAACAGGGCAGUUUUUUGGACACACACACUAUGAUGAAUUUAUGGUGUUUUAUGAUGAAGAAACGAUGACCCGAGCAGUGGGUGUGGCUUACAUUGCUCCAAGCGUAACCACUUACAUUAACCUCAAUCCAGGAUAUCGUGUGUAUUAUAUUGAUGGUAACUACUCUGACAGCAGUCGUCUAGUCCUGGAUCAUGAGACGUUUAUCCUCAACCUCACCUUGGCAAAUGGUUUUCAUGAUAACUCUUCAUGGUUCCCCAAACCUGACCCUGACCCAAAAUGGACAUUGUUGUACCGGGCCUCCCAGGCCUACGGUGUUCCCACCAUGUUCCCUGCUGAUUGGGAUGCACUGAUCAGAGUCUUUGUUGCCAAUGACCAAAUCUUCCAACAAUUCUGGUACUUUAUGCACAAAGGCCAUGUGUCAGAACCCUGCAGCGAUGUAUGUAAACAUUCAAUUCUCUGUUACCUGCGCAGUGGCCGUUAUGACCUGUCUGAAAAGUGUGAUCAAAUUGAUGUUAAGAAACAGAGAGGAUAUUCUGUCAGAAAGUCUCUGUGCUGAUCAAGUUAUCCACUAGCUGAAGUUAAGAAACGAGCAAAUUACUACUACAGAGUUUUAAUUUUACAGAGUCAUGUCCUCUGUAGAUGUGUAACAUGCACUUUGUGAUUGUGCUAUUUGUUAUACAAAGAUCAGACUGUUUGGAAUCACUGCAUAUGAAUUUGUAAUUAAUUUAUUAAUCUUUUGCAUUGAUUACGAAGUACAGCUCAAAAUCAUUAUACGCUUGGAUGAAAUGCCAUGGGUAUUGUAGAAGAGACACAUUUCUGGUUAGCUUGUAUUGUAGUUACUGCUGUGCAAAAAUAAAAUAACUCAAUAAAAGAGAGCUAGAAUA